AGGUCAUAGGUCACAUCCUGGUCCCAUUCGGUGAUCACCACGGACUUUACUUUGACGUUGAAAUGGACCAUAUCGGGAUAUUUAUAUAGUAAUGUGAUAUUGCUCUUGUCUAGCUUUAAAAGUCUCAACAAACAAGUGUGUACACAGACGGUGUUUCGAUACAUCGCGGAAUAAUUUGAUACUGUCGUUUUCUAGGGAGAGCUGGCGGCGACGAAGGGACGCUAUUAUGAACAUACCUUGUUUCUUUGGGGUAUGUGCCCUGUUGUUGUGGCAUUUGGUUUGUGGUUCAGGUGCGUGCAACGUUACACUCUAUGCAGAGAGAGAACCACUGAACUUCACAUCUCCUAACUACCCUAACAGCUAUAGAAAUAAUGAAACCUGCUUUUGGGACAUCUACCCUCAGACAAGCGGCUACAGAGUUGUACUUGAUAUGGUGUACAGUAACAUCGAAGGCUCACCUCCCACCUGUCGCUAUGACGCUCUUUCCAUAUACACCAUAAAUAACGGUGAUCAUACAUCCGCAAAUGUACACAGAAUUUGUGGUUCAAACAGAUGGACUAUCAUUGUCGAUGACGACCAACACUUCCACGCUGUGUUCAAGACUGAUAACAGUGUCACGAAAAGAGGUUUCCUAAUUAGAUAUUACGAAUCAAAAGAGAGAGCCCUCUGCGGUGUACCUCUCGUAGCAACUUCUGUCGGCAAGACAUUUACCUCGCCUGGAUACCCAAACUCCUACUUCCUGCUCCAGUCAUGUACCUGGGAUAUUACAACAAAACACCCAAACCAAACUGUUAUAUUGUAUACCAGCGACUCGGAACUUGGAGACGACUGCACACGAAGGGUCUGUGGCCGAGACUACGUAACUGUAUAUAACGGACAAAACAGUUCUGAGACACUCGGCAGCUUCUGUGGUGACGAAAAACCCGUAUUUGUCAGUGGAGGCAACUCAUUGCGGGUUCAUCUACACACUGAUGCCACGACAAACCACAGGGGAUUCAGAAUGCUUUACAAAGCUGUACCUGCAACGACUUGCAACGUUACGUUGCCUGCAGGGAAGAGUCCGAUACAGAUUGUCUCCCCUGGCUAUCCUCACAACUACCAAAGUGGAUUAGACUGCCAAUGGACUAUUAUUGCGCCGUCUGGAAACAGCAUCAGGAUUGAAAUUCUGUUUGUUGAUAUGGAAACAGCGCCAUCGUGCGCAAAGGAUUAUCUAUUAUUCAAUGACGGUUCUUCUGCCUUUGCUGGCCAGACAAAGGUCUGUAACAUUACCUCUUCUCCCAUCGUCAGCUCCAGUAACCAUAUGACCAUCACAUUUCACUCAGACAGUACAGUCACAGGGAAAGGCUUUCGUUUGCAGUACUCCGCAGAUAAUCCCUGUUCCAACUGUCUGUCAUAUCUUACGGCCAGUCUGUACACGGAAAGGUAUUUGACGUCUCCCGGCUAUCCCUCAUCUUACAACAGCAUGCACUGCACAUGGACAAUAUCUGCAAGCAUUGGAUAUAACAUAAAAGUGGAAAUUGUGGUUCUUUCUAUCGACGCAUCAUGUACUAGUAACUAUCUUCUCUUCAGUGACGGUUCCUCGCCUAAUGUUGCUCAGCUGGGGAGAUAUUGUGGUUCUAACCAUAGGAACGCCACCGUCGUCAGCUCAGGCAAUCACAUGACCGUCACCUUCCACACCAACAGCCCAAAUAGAGGGUUCAAAUUGAAAUACAAAGCUGGAUAUGUCCUAGCAACUACUGAGACACCAAGUGACAGGAAUUGUUCCAGUUCGUCGCUGAGCGCAUCCACGUCCGUAUGGCAACAUUUGACUUCCCCCGGGUACCCUGGCAACUAUGCUAACAACUUGCAUUGUCGAUGGACAAUUUUCGCACCGGUUGGACGAAAAGUAGUUGUUGAAAUUGUCGAUCUCUUUAUAGAGCAUGCGGUUUCGUGUGCAUCUGACUAUCUCUUAAUCAGUGACGGUUCAUCGUCUUACGCCGCUCAGUUAGGCAAGUACUGUGGUUAUACCAUCGGGACCGUCUUCAGCUCCAGCAACUACAUAACCCUCACCUUCCACACCGACAGCUCUGUCACCAGAAAAGGGUUUACGUUGAAGUACAAGUCGACAACGUCAGGGUGUGGUCAAGACUUACAACUCAGCGGUUCUGAAAUAAAAUAUAUUGAAUCACCGAACUAUCCCUUUAACUAUCCAGCGAAUGCGGAUUGUGCUUGGAAGAUCAGCACUGGUGUUGAUGGACCUUCAAUCGAUGUUAAGGUGGUGAAUUUCAACCUUCCAUAUGACACGUCGUGUUCCAGGGAUUAUGUAGUUCUCAAAGAGGUUGACGGAACACAAGAAUACUGGCUCGGUCGAUGGUGCGGAUCAAAUGGACCAGAAACAGAGACUGUAUGGUCAACUUUGAAGAUUCUAUUCCACGCCGAUGGUUCGAGGUCUUCGUCAGGAUUUAAGUUGUCUGUCACUGCCGACCAUCCAACAUCUGAACCUGCUUAUAAAAGGAACUUUGGGGCAAUAAUUGGAGGUGUAUUCGCUGGCAUCGUCGUUCUUGUGGUAGUUGUGUGCUGCUGUUGUGGAGUCUGCCCCUUGAAAAAAUCAACAACCAACGACCAACAGCGGGACAGAUCAGGGAACAACAGCGUCUAUUCCAUUCCCCUUUCCAAUCGUCAAGGACCUGUGGGUGUGUUUACACCACCCCCUGCCUACAGUGAAGUCGUGAAGGAUGACCCCCCUCCAUACUGUCAGAUAGCUCAGCUCUCAGACGUACAGCCAAUAGUGGCCCCAUCUCCAAGCGGUGCAUCCGGGAUAGACAACCCAGCAUCAGUUGAAUGACAGUUUCCUACCACUACAGGAAAUACAAAUUGAUGAAUUGUUGGACUCGUCUUUGCGCAAAUCAGCGUCUCUUUCCAUUUGAACACAUGUCUCAGUGACAACCCUGCAUAAGCAAGUGACAUCAAUGUAAAAUUAGUUUCGACGCCAGCAAUGAGUAUUAUUUUUAUCAAAAGCCAUCACAGUACAGUCUUGUUAACACAUUAUCUGCUGCCAGUAAGUAUGUGGAUCAUGUAUGAUGAUGAUUGUACAAGUGUGCACACACCAGGGUCCGAUGACACCACUCCUGUGUAAACGCAGCCCACAAUUAAUCGUAAAUCAAAA